ACAACGUGGCAAAUUGUAAUUAAUUGGAUGUGGCGUGCUCAGAUUCGUUACAUUAGCAAAUUAGAUCCACAAAGGCGUGAAUCUAUUUGGAAACAAGAAGAAAUGCAUUCUCUUCAUUCUAGUUGCAACUUUGCUAACGAACGGACAUACGGAUUUCAAGAUGUAUUCAGUCAAAUUAUUGUUCUGCAUUGUUGGAGUGAUCAAUGCCGCAGCUUCUGCGAUGCAAUUUAACUGCAGUACUGCAAGAAUGAAGGCGUGUGAAAUCACUAAUAUCAUAAUCACGGAAUACACCGACGUGUCGGAAUGGGAGUUUCCGGACCACUCGGAUAUCUCGUUUGGGAGUUAUCCACUUCCCGAUGAAUCUACCAUCAUAACAGAGAUCACCAAGGAGGUCUCUGAAAAGCUGACCAACGCUCAAAACGUCCAGAUGCAAAACGUAUCACUGAUGUCGUUCUUCCUUUGGGAACAUCUGAUCAGUCUUGACGCAUCUUACAAUUAUCUGUCCGAACUCAUCGUUGAUCCAACAGCAAUGUACAACUUGAAAUCACUGGUGCUGAAACACAAUCGCCUGCAAAACAUCGAUUUCCUGAAAGGCCUCUUCAAGCUACGAGACCUGGACCUGAGCAACAAUUAUUUGGAGAAAAUCGACCUCUCCAUAUUGGACCCCGCCAAAGACCUUGCCACGCUAAAUCUCUCCAACAACCGCAUCCGAACCAUAACUACAACCAUAGGGGACAUGCUGCACCUGCCAUGGCUUACAGUUCUGAUGCUUAACAAUAAUCAACUGACUAUCCUGGAUGCUAGCCGAUGGCAAUUCAAUGUUCUGCAGGACUUCUUCCUCUCAAACAACCGCUUGUCCUAUAUCAGUAUGUGCGAAAUCCAGAACUCUUUCCCGCGUCUCCAAUCGCUCUACCUGGAUGGCAACAACUGGGAAUGCCCCAACCUGAACAGUACCAUCGCUCAACUGCACGAAUCGGGUGUCAAGUUGGUUAACUACAGCUCGCACAACUGCACGGAAGCCAUCGAAAACAUUUGCUGUUCUUAAUCGCCAGUCAACGAACCUGUUUCGCCAAAUCUAACGCAAAUCACUCCUGAAUAGUGCGAGUAGUAGACUGUCAUAGAAUUUAGCUUCCUCUUUCACAAGUGACGAUACUCACAGACGAACCCGGACCAGUCUAACAUGUAGGUAGAGUCAAUUAUAAUUAGUCAAAGCCCAAACUGUCCUCAAUAAAGAA